AUGCCCGAUAGUAAGACGCCAGUAAGAUUGCCAUCAAUACAUCAUAUUUUAGAUGUGGUAGAUACAGAGCAGAGUACAUACAGUCAAAUAUUUGGAAAUGCUUAUGCUCAUGGCCGCGAUAUUACCAGGCUACACUCACCUAUUUUGCCGCGGAGGUUGGGCUCAUGCGUUUAUGCGAUGCCAUCUAUAGAGAAUACGCAAGUCUGCCCAAGACCGGCGGCUAUUACGAAAAUGGCGACAGGCGUCGUAGACACCGCAACCCCAAGACAUAAAAAUUCAGCAUCAGAAAAGAAAAAACAGAAUAGGCGCUCAAAUCUGCCUAAAAAUAUCGUUGACAUCUUGAACGAUUGGUUACGGGAUCAUUAUGAAAAUCCUUAUCCUUCUCCCCAGGAAAAAAAACAGCUGCUAAAACAGACAGGACUGAACCCAGUACAGUUAUCAAAUUGGUUUAUUAAUGUCCGUAGAAGAAAGAUAUUUCAAAAUUACUACGAGCUUUCAAAGAACUACAGUCGGAAUGAGUCAGGUAACCGAGAUGAACAAAGUUCAGAUCUCGAGUUUGAUAGACAGUUACGUGUAGGUCCAUUGACAAAGCGAAAAAAGUUGAUUGAUAGAUUAGAGGAAUUGAAGAGCUUGUCUGGUACAAAUGUUUGA